AUGUCCCUCGACGCCGAUUACGAGGUGGAACGCUACGCGUUCGUGGAGGGAUGCCGAGUGAAAGUGUGCCGCUGCACGCACCGCAGCACCGGUGCCAAGCGCGCCGUGAAGGUGUACCACACCACAGCGAUGGACAGCCGGCGCGCCGCCAUGGCGGUGGAGGAGGGGACGUUGGCCAAGUCGCUCCCAGCGGCGCCGCAGCUCGUGCGCGUCUUCGACGUCUACGUGGAGGCGGAGCGCGUGUCGAUUGUGAUGGAGUACAUGGAGCGCGGCUCCCUCUACCAACGAAUCACCACCUGUGGCCCCUUGGCGGAGACAGAGGCUCGUGACGUGGCGCGGCACCUCCUCACCGGGCUCGCCCUCCUACACGCCAACAACGUCAUGCACCGAGACAUCAAGCCUGAAAACGUGUUCUUGCGCACUACCACCAGCAGCAGCACCGGUCUCGGUGGCGCAGCUGCCAGGAGCGCCUCUGCUGCGACGACUGUGGCGGCCAUUGGCGACUUCGGCUUCGCCACGCGCCAAAUCCCGCACGACGAGUUCGUCGGCUCCCCGCAAUACAGCGCACCAGAGUUGGCCCUCGUCGCACUUCAGCAGCGCUACAGUCACGCCGGUGCCGCGCUGCCCAUCUCGGCGCGUCCGCUGUACAACGAAAAGUGCGACGUGUGGUCGGCUGGUGUGGUCGUGUUCGUGACGCUUACCGGCCUCCUGCCCUUUGACGGCGCCACCCCCGAGGCCGUUUUUACGGCGGUGAUACGCAACGCUGUUCCCUUCAACAAGGCGCCACCUGGCCGGAUGAGCCCCUCCGCCAAGGCGUUCAUAGAGGCGCUGCUGACGCCGAACCCGUCAAGGCGGCCAUCGGCCAAGGAGGCGCUGCGGCACGCGUGGCUGACAGGCUAA